UUCUAGCGCUCAUCAAUCUGUCAAUUUGGUACCGAAAAAGUUAGAGACUAGUUGCUGUAAAAGUUUGUCCACGAAUUAUCUAUUAGAAACAUUUUUUGUUAAUUAAAUUUAAUAAUGGCAAUCUAUCAAAACUUGUCGAGAGUGUCGUCGACAUUCCUGAAUGGUUUGUCAAAAAAUGGAUAUCGGAGCUUAUCAACCAGUAUUACGCUACAGAAAAAGAGUACAAUUGCUGACAAAACUGGCAAAAACAUCGUUCUCGUAGAUGGUGUGAGAACUCCAUUUUUGAUGUCCGGAACUGAUUAUGCAAAAUUGAUGCCCCACGAAUUAGCUAGACAUUCUCUUUUGAGCCUUUUACGAAAGACAAACAUUGAUAAGGAAUUGAUCGAUUACAUUGUUUAUGGCACGGUAAUUCAGGAAGUCAAAACCUCGAACAUUGCCAGGGAGGCUGCCUUGAGUGCAGGUUUCAGUAAUAAAACACCUGCACAUACUGUUACCAUGGCAUGCAUCAGUUCGAAUCAGGCAAUUACGACUGGUAUUGGUCUGAUCGCGACAGGAACAUAUGACAUUAUUGUUGCUGGUGGUGUUGAAUUUAUGUCUGAUGUCCCCAUACGUCACAGUCGCAAAAUGAGAGCUUUGAUGUUGAAGGCAAACAAGGCCAAAUCGUUGGGUCAAAGAUUGUCGUUGCUGUCCACAAUCAGACCCGAUUUCUUGGCACCAGAGCUCCCAGCUGUUGCUGAAUUUUCCAGCGGCGAGACAAUGGGACAUUCUGCUGAUCGCUUGUCGGCAGCUUUCAAUGUAUCACGUCAAGAGCAAGACGAUUACGCUCUACGUUCGCAUACGUGUGCUAAACAAGCCGAAGAAAAGGGCUAUUUCACUGAUCUCGUCCCAUUCAAAGUCACCGGUGUUGAUAAGACUGUCGAAAGGGACAACGGUAUUCGAGUAUCGACGAAAGAGCAACUUGCUAAAUUGAAACCAGCCUUUGUGAAACCCCAUGGAACCGUAACAGCAGCCAAUGCAUCAUUUUUGACUGACGGUGCAUCUGCUUGUCUUAUCAUGUCCGAAGCAAAGGCAAAAGAACUGGGACUAAAACCAAAAGCAUACCUAAGAGAUUUCACUUAUGUGUCCCAGGAUCCCGUUGAUCAGUUGCUGUUAGGUCCAGCCUAUGGAAUCCCGAAAAUUCUCGGCAAAGCUGGUCUCCAACUAUCCGAUGUCGAUUCAUGGGAGAUUCACGAAGCAUUCGCUGGUCAAAUCGUUGCCAAUCUGAAAGCCAUGGACUCUGAUUGGUUCUGUAAGACUCAUAUUGGCCUAAAGGAAAAGGUCGGCACUCCCGAUUUGAAUAAAUGGAACAAUUGGGGUGGAUCGUUAUCUAUUGGACAUCCAUUCGCUGCUACUGGCGUUCGUUUGGCAAUGCAUACGGCUAAUCGAUUGGUACGAGAAAAUGGUCACAUUGGUGUUAUUGCGGCUUGUGCAGCGGGUGGACAAGGUGUUGCCAUGGUACUAGAAAGACAUCCAGAUGCAACAGCAGAUUAAUUGUGUAGAAAAGAAGAUUGGAGAUUACGUUUAACGUUCGCUAUAAUUUUGAUUAAAAUAAUUCAUUCGACUAUCAGAACAAUGAAUCAGUCGGAAUUGGAAUUGGCUAAGCAUUUAUACAUUUUCGGGUUUCGUUAAUUUGGAUACAAUAUUUUGAAAUACAUUUCCGUUGCAAUCCGUCAGA